AUGGCUGCUCCCCAGAACGUCACACCUGCCCUUGCAAAUAUGCAGAAUAUCGAGGUCGAUGAAACGUUCGAGACGGAUUCGACCCGCGGAAGUAUCGACGAUCAGCUCUCCGCCUAUUCCCAGUCCCUGACAUCUAGCGUUACCGCUUAUCCCGUCGAAAACGGCCGUCGGUAUCAUGCCUACAAAGGAGGAGACUACUACAUGCCUAAUGAUGAUACCGAGCAAGAUCGACUCGACUUUGUCCAUCACAUGUUGAUGCUCACCACCAACAAGCAGCACUUCCACGCCCCCAUCAAGAAAGAUCAGUUGAAGCGCGUCCUGGACGUGGGAACUGGGACUGGCAUUUGGGCCAUUGAAGUUGCGGACAAAUAUCCCGAUGCGGAGGUUCUCGGAAAUGAUUUGAGCCCUGUGCAGCCGCAAUGGUUGCCCCCGAAUUUGAAAUUCGAAGUCGACGACGUUGAGGCUCCUUGGACGUACUCCAAGCCUUUUGAUUUGAUAUUUGCACGCUACCUUGAUGGAGCUAUCUCGGAUUGGCCGACGCUUGUCUCAAACAUGUACAACAACGUCCGGCCCGGUGGAUGGGUUGAGCUACAAGGCUUUGACCUGCACUACAGGACCGACGAUGGCUCCGUCAAGCCCGAUGCGUACAUCACCAAGUUCGUGGAGACUAUCGAACAGGGAUGUGCAAAGAUAGGCAAGGAAUUCUACACCGGACCAAAGCUCGGUGAUUGGUUGAAGAAUGCAGGCUUCAAGAAUGUCCACGUGGACCUGUACAAGGUCCCAUCCGGUCCUUGGCCCAAGGAUAAAUUGAUGAGGGAGAUUGGCACCAUCAACCUCUUGCAAGCUCUUGAUGGCAUGGAGGGCUUCUCUCUCCGCCUCUUCACUGGCGUUCUGGGUUGGACGGCCGAAGAAGUCAAUGUUUUCUGCGCGAAGGUCAGACAGGAGUUGAAGGGGAAGUCCAUCCACCCCUAUAUUCUUUACUACGUUGCGUAUGGCCAAAAGCCGGAGGAAUAG